AUGAGAAUGACUCUUGUUGAUUUGAUCCUGAGGCUACUAUUUAUGGUUCAAACUUGGAUUGAGGUCCUGGGAAACACCUUUCUUCUCUUCACCUAUGCCUCCAGAACUUGCACUAGCCAGACACCAAGGCCCACAUACCUGAUCCUCACCAACCUUGCUGUGGCCAACCUCUUGACUCUGCUCUUCAAAGUAAUUCCUCAAAUGAUAUUUGUCUGGAGAGUGAAAAAUAUCCUGGGAAAUACUGCAUGUAAACUGGUCUAUUAUAUCCAUAGAACAUCACGGGGUCUUUCUCUCUGCAUGACUUCCCACUUGAGCAGUUUUCAAGCUGUCACCAUCAGCCCUAGAUCUGGAGGGUGGGUGAAGCUCAAAGACACAGUUUUGAAGAACGUUGGGAUCUCCUGCAUUCUGUGCUGGAUUUCCAAUCUGCUAAUAAACAUCUUUGUUCCUAUAAAGAUUCAGGCCCUUCAGAAUAUUCACAAUUCUACUGUUACACGGGAUUAUGGAAUCUGCUCUUCUGAAAGACCUGAAGCAAAUUAUGCUGUGAUUUACACAACUCUACUCACUUUCCCAGAUGUUGUGUUCAUGGGACUCAUGGCUGGGGCCAGUGUCUACAUGGUCCUCCUCCUACACAGACACCACCAGAGAGUGAGGCAUGUUCAUACCCUCAGUACCUCCCACAGGUUCUCUCCUGAGGCAAAAGCCACUCAGACCAUCCUACUUUUGGCAACUACCUUCAUUUUAUUUUACGUUAUUAAUUCCUUCCUUAUAAUUUAUAAUACUGUGUUUUUCAAAACUCAACAUUGGUUUCAUAAUGUUGCCACCUUUCUGGCUGCAUGUUAUCCCACUCUCAGCCCUCUGAUACUGAUGCUUCGAGAUCCACGACCACCAAGUUUUUGUUCUUUGAUGGUGAAAAUAAAGUUCCAAAUUACUAGUCAUCCCAUUCACAACAGAAUUUCUUUCCUUCAGACCAUCUGCUUAUUCACUUAUUCACAUGAGCAUAAGUAG